AUGCCCGUGGACCUGGCCGUGCGGCUCUGCCUGAGCCACUCGCCCCCCAUCCGCAAGCUGCUGAACUCCUACGAGGAGCUGCGGGGCAACCGAGGCCGCAAACCCCUCCGAUCCUGUCUCAACCAGAAGCCGAGUGCAGAACCUGAGCCCGAGCGGCGAGACAACACCAAGAGCUCCAAGGGCCAGAAGAAGAAGCGAGUCGUGUUUGCUGAUAUGAAGGGGCUCUCGCUGACGGCCGUCCGCUUCUUCUCAAGGAUUGAGGAGGACCUUUGUGACUUGCAGCAUGCCCUGUCAGACCUUGCCUCCUUCCGCCCCAGGCUGUGGGACUCACGCCCAGAAGCGUGCAGGUACGUGCUGGACUUCCCACAGCCCUCAGUGGACUACACGGCUUUCCGCAGCAGCCUGCACAGGAACCUCGUCUGCCUGGAGAGCUGUGUGAUCCAGGACCGUGCUCUGUCAGGGACAGUGAAGGUCAGAAACAUUGCCUAUGAGAAGAAGGUGGCAGUCCGCAUCACCUUUGACGGCUGGAAGAGCUUCCGGGACGUCCCCUGCCAGUACAUGCACAGCACGUACGGCUCAGCCGACACAGACAUCUUCUCUUUUGAGCUCACCCUGCCCAAGCCAGCCAGCGGCCGCAGGGCCACCGAGUUCUGCAUCUCCUUCCAGUGUGGACAGAAGACCCACUGGGACAACAACCAUGGGAAGAACUACAAGAUCUGCCAUGUGGGCGGAUCCUCCCGUGCCGUGAAGAGUGCCAGUGGGGCCUGGGAGCACCUUGGCACCUCUGGGGCUGCCGCCCUGGUCCUGUCUCACCUGCAGACCUGGCAGCGUUCAGAGACCCAGGCUCCUUACUGGUAG